AUGAGGAUCCCUGUGCUCCUGGCUGCCCUGGUGGCAGUGGCCACCUGCACCGAGACCUUCGUUGGGCACCAGGUGCUGCGCAUUGUGCCCAGCAGCGAUGAGGAGCUGCAGAAGGUACAGGAGCUGCAGGAUCUGGAGCAUCUGAAGUUGGAUUUCUGGCUGUCACCCCGUGGCCUUGGCUAUCCAGUGGACAUCCGUGUGCCCUUCCCUAGCCUGCAGUCUGUCAAAGCCCACCUGGAGGCUAGUGGAGUUCCCUACUCCAUCAUGAUCGAGGACGUGCAGGCACUGGUGGAUGAAGAGGAGAUGGAGAUGCUCCGUAGCAGUCGUCAGCUGGCACUGUCCACCACCACCUUCAACUAUGCAGCUUACCACACCCUGGAUGAGAUCUACUCCUUCAUGGACAUGCUGGUGGCUGAGAACCCCAACCUGGUCAGCAAGCUGGAGAUUGGCCGCUCCACUGAGGACCGUCCCCUCUACGUGCUCAAGUUCAGCACUGGAGGCACAUCCCGCCCAGCCAUCUGGAUUGACACUGGCAUCCACUCCCGUGAGUGGGUGACUCAGGCCAGUGGGGUCUGGUUUGCCAAGAAGAUUGUCGAUGACCAUGCAAAUAAUGAAGGUGUUGCCUCCAUCCUGGAGACAAUGGACAUCUUCCUGGAGAUUGUCACCAACCCAGAUGGCUUUGCCUACACCCAAACCAAGAACCGCAUGUGGCGCAAGACCAGGUCCCAUCACUCAGGCUCCAUCUGCGUUGGCGUGGACCCCAACCGCAACUGGGACGCAGGUUUUGGAGGGCCUGGUGCCAGUGGGAACCCCUGCCUGGAGACAUACCAUGGGCCUUAUGCCAACUCAGAGCCUGAAGUGAAAUCCAUCGUGGACUUUGUGAAGAGCCAUGGGAACAUCAAGGCUUUCGUUUCCAUCCAUAGCUACUCCCAACUCCUGCUCUACCCCUAUGGUUACACCACAACUCCAGUGCCUGACCAGCAGGAACUGCAUGAGAUUUCUGAGAAGGCUGUGGCAGCUCUGUCUUCCCUGUAUGGCACCAAGUACAAGUAUGGCAGCAUUAUCACCACCAUCUACCAAGCCAGUGGAGGAACCAUCGACUGGACCUACAACCAGGGCAUCAAGUACUCCUUCACCUUCGAGCUGAGGGACACUGGCCUCUAUGGCUUCCUGCUGCCUGCCAAGCAGAUCAUUCCAACGGCAGAGGAGACCUGGCUGGGGCUGAAGGUCAUCAUGGAACACGCCAGGGACAACAUGUACUAA